CCGGGGCUCGGGCUUUGCACCCGGCGGCGGCCGAGAGCGGUGGCGGCUGCGGAGCGGGCAGCGCCGGCGGGCGGAGCGGAGCUGCCCGGCCCGGUGGCGGGUGAUGCCCCCGUGAGCCUCUCUCGCCGCCCCUCCCCGCCCCGCGCCCCUACCCCCUCGGAGUCCGCCGCCCGCCUGGCCCCGGGCCGGCCGCGCCUACCGCCGGGUCCGCGGGGCGGGGUCCUGGGGCAGCACCUGCCCCGCCUUGAGGAGCCGCCCGGGCGGGCGGAGAACCCUCCCGGCCUGGACCCCGGCCUCACCUCGGGACUUAUCACAUAACCUCCUACAGGGAGCUGCCCUGAUUGCCUUCACAUCCUUUCUGGGAAGCUGGAAUCUUGGCAGCAGCCAGUUGAAGACUUGAGUGCACGCCCGAGAGGCAAGCUAUAGGGAGGGGUGAGCCCCCUGGGAUGCAGCACCCCACGAGCAGAUUCAUCAGUUUGAGUUUCCUGAGAGCCGACCUCUUGGCAGACCAUGUUUAACGGGGAGCCGGGGCCGGCCUCGGCCGCAGCCUCCAGGAACGUGGUGCGGAGCUCCAGCAUCAGCGGCGAGAUCUGUGGCGCCCAGCAGGCGGCCAGCGGGCCCGGGAACAGCAUGGCCAAGAAGCGGCGCAGCAGCCUGGGCGCCAAGAUGGUGGCCAUCGUGGGCCUGACACAGUGGAGCAAGAGCGCGCUGCCCCUGCCCACCCCGGAAGGGACCACGAAGAAGCUACGCAGCAACAUCCGGCGGAGCACGGAGACGGGCAUCGCGGUGGAGAUGCGGAGCCGGGUCACGCGCCAAGGCAGCCGCGAGUCCACGGACGGCAGCACCAACAGCAACAGCUCGGAGGGCACGUUCAUCUUCCCCACCACCCGCCUCGGGGCUGAGAGUCAGUUCAGUGAUUUCCUGGAUGGGCUGGGACCAGCCCAGAUCGUGGGCCGGCAGACACUGGCGACGCCCCCCAUGGGGGACGUACAUGUCGCCAUCAUGGAUCGGAGUGGCCAGCUGGAGGUGGAAGUGAUCGAGGCUCGGGGUCUGACCCCCAAACCAGGCUCCAAAUCCCUCCCAGCCACCUAUAUCAAGGUCUACCUGCUCGAGAAUGGGGCCUGCUUGGCCAAAAAGAAGACAAAGGUGGCCAAGAAGACCUGCGACCCCCUGUACCAGCAGGCUCUGCUGUUUGACGAGGGCCCCCAAGGCAAGGAGCUGCAGGUGAUCGUGUGGGGAGACUACGGCCGCAUGGACCACAAGUGCUUCAUGGGCAUGGCCCAGAUCAUGCUGGACGAGCUGGACCUGAGCGCCGCGGUCACCGGCUGGUACAAACUCUUCCCCACAUCCUCGGUGGCAGACUCGACUCUUGGCUCGCUCACCAGGCGCCUGUCCCAGUCCUCCCUGGAGAGUGCCACCAGCCCGUCGUGCUCCUGAGCACCUCAGGAAGAGGAAGGAUGUGCAGUGGGCAAGGGGCGCCUGCAGCCCCCUCCCCAUCGCUCCCCCCACGCCGCCCCGCCCCCGUCUCCUUCCCUGUACAUAGUCUUCGCGUCUUUCUGGACUCCCUCCCCCCGCUGCAUGCCUGGUGGCUCCUGGGCUCGUCCCAGCUGGCAGUGGAGACGGUGGCGUGCGUGCCUGUGUGUCUCCGUGUGCGUGCGUGUCUCCCAUGUUCUAGCUGUCCAUGUGUCUGGGCCUCGUCCGUCUCCGUGGCUCCGUGGGCUGCAGUCCCGUCUGUGUCUCGUUGAAAAGAAACCCAAGGUGUGCAGGUCUCCCCCGUGUGCAGGGCCGGAAGUGGGGGCCCAGAGAGACGCAUCUGUGUGGCCUGGCGCGGAGCCCUGGACAGGGCCUUUGUGCCUCCCACCCCUGGUCCCUUCUUGGUGGGUUCUGCUGACUUUUCUGUAUUGUCCUUUGUCCCUCCCCCCCGCCCUUGCCUCUCCCAGCAUUGCUGCUCUUUUUGAGGAAUGUAGUGUCCACCACAGCUGACCACUCUGAGGCCUCUGGGAACCCCAACACCCCCGCCCCCUGCCGAGGCUACCCCUUCCUCCAGCGCACUGCGGCAUGCGCCAUGCUCCGUGCUCGUCCGGCGUCCUGUGGGGGCCUUGGGGCCCUGGAGAAGCUGAGCGC